ACCGGCGUACCUAAUAAAGCGGCGAAGGAGCAUCACGGUAAAAGGACAGUUUCGGAGGACUGGGUGUGCGUUCAUGAAGCCAUCUACUCCAGAGGGAGACCAGCUGAUUGGCAACUCUUCAAACAAGAACAUGCCCAACGCACCACCUGUAGACCUGCGGGGUCGUACCGACUUCAAGGACAAUCACAACCUGCUCGGAUUUCAAAUCAGUAAUCUCACUCACUUGGACUCUGGGAUUUAUCUGACAGAAUGCUGGAAGAACCAGACGAUAAUCAGCCAGAAGACACAGCAGCUCACUGUGUGUAAAAAGGAGAUUCAAUCUGAGCUGAUCAAUCUGAAUAAGUCAGAUGGAGGGACAGAGCUCUUGUGCAGGAGCAGUGCCAUUGGCUCAGAGGGAACGUCUGUGCGCUGGUACUAUGAAAUGCUUCCCUCUUAUGAGCCCACACUCUUCCUGGAUAGCAGUAUUUCGCUGAAGCCUCUGGUGGAGGAGCUUGCAGGUUUUGUAGCUGUAAGAGACAAUGGGGAGUUGCUUGUGUUCAACAAUAUGUUAAAGAAAAACACAUACUUUAAAUGUCUUGUGAUCAAAGAAAGGGUGCAGUGGCACCGCUUUGGACUAUCAGAUCAGUAUGAGAUCAUAUAUAACUCACAGGACAAAACUAUUCCCAUCCCUGAAGAUCUACGACACAGAGUGACUCUGUCUGAGGAUGGCUCCUCACUGACCAUCUAUAACCUCGAGAUGAACGAUGGGGGGAAGUAUGGUGCUCCAUCAGCAGCCUUCAAUGCUACUACGUUCGCUGUGGUGGCAGCAGUCCUGGUGGGACUGCUGGUGGUUGGAACAAUUGUCACAGCAGUGGCAGUGAAGAAGAGGGUGUGGGCUUCGCCAACGCAGAGAGAAGUGACUCCGGACAUAAAAAUGAAUGUGGAUCCUAGCUGUACUGAGAGGUUAACUCCAUCUGAAUAA